UCCCCCACAGCCCAGUUUGUGUGCACAGCCGUCUUGUCAUUGUCUGCACCACAUACUGACUCCUUAAAGCACAGUUACUUUAAAGCACAGUCCGUGACACCACUCAGCUGCAGAGAUGAGUAAUCAAAGAGUAAUCUACUCAGAAGUCAAACUGGCCGAACACCCAAAGAGGCAGCAAACCAAACCUAGGAGCAAAAAUAGCUGCUCCAUUUCAGACAGUGAGCAGCAUAUAACCUAUGUGGACCUGAAGUUUCAUAAUGCAGCUCAGGAUCUUCAAGGAAAUGACAAGAAAUCCCACUGCAAAGAUUUUCCAGCACCUCCUGGGAGGCUCAUUGCUGGGAUCCUGGGACUCCUCUGCCUUGUCUUGAUGGCCGGUGUAAUAACCUUGACAAUCACAGUUAUUACUCCUUAUAGUGUAAAACCGGAACAGAACAAUUCUUCUCCAAUAAAAAGAACUGAGAAAGGGGAUCACUGUGGUCCUUGUCCAAAGGCCUGGUUUAUGUAUUCCAACAAUUGUUACUACAUUAGUACUGAGAGAAAAUCAUGGAAUGAGAGUUGGUUGGACUGUGCCUCUAAGAAAUCUAACCUGCUUUACAUAGAUCAUGAAGAAGAAAAGAAUUUCAUUAGCUCCUUCAGUGUUUUAACAUGGAUUGGAUUUAAUGGCAGUUCAACUUUCUCCUCCAAAGUGUAA